AUGACAGGUUGUAGAUUGGAAAUUCUUGCACUAAGCAGCUGGCCAGAUUGGAGAUCUCAGAUUGGGAAGGCGAAGGACCUUUCUCCCUAUUCCCUACUUUCGGUUAUCUUGAUUAUAUGUAACAAAAGUAACGGUGAAACACUGAAGCGUUAUUUCCAGGGUUUUAAAAACUACUCAGGUUGCGAAUCCUUUGAUGUAUAUUUUACUGAUAGAAAUCUUCUUUCAACCCCAGAAGGCUGUUCAGCUGUCCCAGUGCCAAUGCAUUCGCAAUAUGAUGUCAAUUCGAUGGAUUUCUGGGAUCUGUUUAGCGAUGAAUAUGAACUCGAAUGGCAUCUGUCUGACGAUUGUAAUGGGGGUCACAAUACAGGAGGCCACUGUACAACUAACAGCACGAAUCAAUUUAAAUGUGAAAGAGGAGUUAUCACCGAAAAUCUCGACUCACGUUCAUAUGGCUUGUCAAAGAGUUUAGGUGUAGAAGAGAAAAAGGAUAAAGGAAAAGGAAAAAGAAAAAUUAAAUUGAAACUGGUUUUUAUUGCAGUGUUUCUCAUUACAGGCAUUCCAGCUGCUACAGCACUCAUCCUCGUAAUCUUAUUCACUUUUAACAGAAGAAACUAUCCACUCAUUUGGAAAGGAAAAACACAAAACGACAAGGACAUUGAACUAUUCUUGAAGAACCAUGGGGAUCGUGCGCCAAGAAGAUACAAAUACUCAGAUCUCAAGAAGAUGACCAAUUCAUUCCGUGACAAGUUAGGAGAAGGGGGCUUUGCUAUUGUCUAUAGAGGAAAGCUAACAAAUGACCGUCUCGUAGCAGUAAAAUUUUUGAAAGAAUCAAAAGGUAGUGGAGAAGAGUUCAUCAACGAGGUUGCAAGUAUUAGUACAACAUCCCACGUUAACAUUGUCACUCUCCUCGGAUUUUGCUUCGAGGGUUCCAAAAGAGCUCUCAUUUAUGAUUUCAUGCCAAACGGAUCUCUUGACAAGUUCAUAGGCAAUAACAACUCCUUACCAAAAGAUCAAUUAGGAUGGGAAAAGUUGUUAGAUAUUGCAGUUGGCAUUGCUCGGGGAAUAGAAUAUUUGCAUCAAGGUUGUAACACACGAAUUUUGCACUUUGACAUAAAGCCUCACAAUAUUCUUCUAGAUAAAGACUUCAAUCCUAAGAUCUCCGAUUUUGGCCUGGCUAAAAUUUCCCCCAAUAGAUCCAGUACAGUGUCAAUGUUGCACAAAAUCCUCAACUUGAUCUCAAUUGCAUUGUGA